GGCGGAAGUGCUUUCGGGUAGCUGCGGGGUGGCGGUUGGACUGAGUGAUGGCGAAGCAUCAUCCAGAUCUGAUCUUCUGCAGGAAGCAGGCCGGAGUGGCUAUUGGGCGAUUGUGUGAGAAAUGUGAUGGUAAAUGUGUGAUCUGCGACUCCUAUGUCAGGCCAUGCACGCUAGUCCGUAUCUGUGACGAGUGUAACUAUGGGUCCUAUCAGGGGCGGUGCGUGAUCUGUGGUGGCCCUGGUGUAUCUGAUGCCUAUUACUGCAAGGAGUGCACUAUCCAGGAAAAAGAUAGAGAUGGAUGUCCAAAAAUUGUCAAUCUUGGCAGUUCAAAAACUGACCUGUUCUACGAAAGGAAAAAGUAUGGCUUUAAGAAGAGGUGAUCCCAAGGAAUCUUUCACAUUCCAACUGAAUGUGGAGACACUGGAACAGUCUUGCGUAGGAUGUUUAACAUUGCUGUUUCACAGUGUGGAGUAUCGUAUUUGAUGGCACAAAUCAGGCAGCAUGUGGAGGAGGGCGAUGGUUACACGCGAGUUCAAUUAUUUUUUUGUUUAGUAGCUAGCAUAUUUUCUGUCUCUCCCAGCAAAGUGAGUUUGGAAUUGAAGUAACGUAUUUCUGGCAAUGGAACCAACACCAGAACUUUCCAUAGCAACAACGCCACUGAUCUAUUUCUGGGCAGGAACAAGUAAUGCUUACCAAUCCGUUGAUUUUAUUUGCAGCCUUUAAAAGAAUUGGGGGAGUUAGCUGGUUGUGAGUUUAGCGACUAGGGAUUUAAUUGUUCAGUGAGUCAGUUAAUGGUCAUAACUUCACUUCUGUAGCUGCAAAAUCCUUUGUAUUUCACAUUUAAUGGUCAUAACUUCACUUCUGUAGCUGCAAAAUCCUUUGUAUUUCACAUUUAAUGGUCAUAACUUCACUUCUGUAGCUGCAAAAUCUUUUGUACUGGAUGCAAAUAAUUACUUCUUGCUUUGCCUCAUAACAAUUGAUUCACUGACAGGAGAUUGGGCAUUUAAUUUUUACCUCAGGUUUCAUGUUUGAGUAAUCUUGAAGCCUAUUUGUGAGUCACACUAAAGCAGUGUUUGAGAUGAGAGCUGCUAGAUAUCUGUCCUUCAUGCAGGUCCUUCAACACACUUCCUGAUUGUUUAGCUUGAACGUAUUCCAUAAACACUUUUUUGUUACUUGCAAUAAGCUAUUCUCAUUGAGAGUGGUAUGACUUGUGUAUUUACGGAAAUAUUUGAUGGCUCCCUCAUGCCCUGUUGGCUAACCACACUGCUGUGCAGAGCCGCAAAGACAAAGUCCAAGAUUGGUCUCCAGUCUGUGCUGAAUUAACUGACCUUAGAUGGCAGGACUCCAUGGGACAUAACUGGGGAGGGGGCUGGGGGGGGUGAGAAACAGCUAGUAUUCCUGCUUCUAAUUGCUAUGCAGUAAUGCCUGCUGGAAGUGUGUGUGUGUGUGGUUGAGUGGGAUAAGAAUCAAACUCUUUGUGACUUAUUUCACCAAAUCAUAGUGGUCAAGUAGCAUUCCAAGACUUGAUGUCUUGGCCUCCAUCUAAAUAAUGGUCACUUAAAUAUAAUACUGUUGUUGGGAGAUCAGUUCAAGUGGAGUGUUCUACCAGGCAAACGGUUAGUUGAAAAAUGCUCAGGACACUCCAGUUGCAGCUGGAUGCUGUUCUAGAUGAGUUAGAGUACAAGAGGGAUGAACUUUGGGCAUGUGUGUUUUUUUUUUUCAGUCCUUAUGACCCUUGCACAGCGUGAGUCAGCACCUUUUUUUUUGAGAGAGGAUGCAGUGUUGUAUUAAUCUGUUGUAUUGCUAGGUAUGCUGCAAAAGCACAGCCCCAAAAGUAGGUGGGAAUAAUUGCCAUCUUUUAACCAGAGUUAAAGAAAUUAACCAAAUUCAGCAGUGUGGAACUAACCACCACUCCCAAGUUGCAGGGGUAACCCAGUGUGGGCUGGCUCUCUCUCUCUCUAAGCAAACUGCUUGUGUUUCCUGAAACGGCCUGCUUGACAGCUAUGGUUUCUUUGUUGUGCUUUCACUUGCUUGAAGGAUUUGGUAGAGGUGCAGUUUAUUCAUUAGAAUUAUUUUUUAAAUGCAAGUUAAAGUUAAACAUACUGGCCUUAAAUACUUCAGGAUACAUUUUUUUUCACCUCUUAAUCCUUUGUCUGAUAUAAUGUUUAACUUGCUAAGCAGCUUGCUGCAGAGUGCCCAGCCUCCUAGUUGGAGAAACUGGCAGAGGGAAGACUUUUAUCUGUGUCACAUACUCACUUUUAAGACUUGAUGUGCUUUGACUCCUGGCACACCUCUUCCGGAUGCAGGUACUGGCAACCAAGCUUGGUCAAGUCACAUCCUGCUUCAGCAUUGAGAAUCAAGGGCAGUUUAUGUGGGGCCACAGUUGAGGCCUUUCAGCAGAAGGCAUUUUAAGUUAUCCAGGGGCA